AUGAAGCUGAUAGUGGUCCUCGGGGCACUGACCUUCGGCACAUGGGCCACGGUGAUCACGAACCACACGUUGACAGCCGCUAACAGAACCUUUGACUAUGUUAUUGUCGGCGCGGGGCUCACAGGCAUCACGGUCGGCAACAAGCUCAGUGAACAGGGCUUCUCGACUCUGAUCAUUGAGGCCGGCCCGGACCCUCGUUGGAAUCCCAAGGUUUUUAACGCGGAGGACCGAGUGCAGCAUGAUCCGUAUUGCAACUGGCUGUACCCUGCAUACACUGAAGAUGGCGAAUUGUUCCCCUGGACCAUUGAUAGCGGUGCAUGCAUCGGUGGAGGUACAUCCAUCAAUGGUUUGAUGUGGUUCCGGCCAACGCGGGAAGAAGUUGACAAGCUCGAGGUCUUGGGCAACCAUGGUUGGAACUGGGACUCACUUGAGCCAUACAUGACAGCGGUGGAGAGGAACAUCCCACCCAACGAGGCUCAGAGAUUACAGGGGGCAGGUCUGGAUCCCGACGUUCACGGGUUCCAUGGCGCCAUUAAUGUCUCUUUUCCGACACCUAUGCGCAUCCCAAGCGCAGUGGAACUCUAUAAGGACUCACUCCCUUUGGUAUUCCCCGGGCUCACUAUUGGCAACGAUUUAUCAAACCGCUCCUCCGACGGCACUGUAUCAGCCUCGUCAUCUUGGACGAUUUGGUAUGACCAGGACUCGGGCGAGAACCGUCGCUCAUCCGCCGCCGACGGCUAUCUGUGGACAAAUGACCAGCAUCGAGACACUCUCACAGUUCUAACAAACCAUAAAGUCGACAAAGUCCUCUUUGGAGACUCACUGACAGCCAAGAGCGUCAUUUUCGGGACCAAGCCCGGCGACGAAGUCCCCGGAAGUCAGCCCGGAGCGCAUGUGGUCAAUGCUAACAAGGAAAUAAUCCUUGCCGCAGGAUCUCUAGCCACAAGCACUAUCCUGGAGAGGUCGGGUGUCGGCAGGUCAGACAUAUUGGAGGCAGCCGGCAUCCAACAGCUCGUCGAUCUCCCUGGCGUCGGGGUCAACCUCGUAGACCAGCCUGGCACUGGCACAUCGGCGCUGGUUGCAGAAGCGUACCAGAAUGAUACUUCUAUCAUUGAUGGACGUAUUCUGUUCGCACCGGAGAUAUCUCUUAUUAACGUGGAGCAAAUCUGGGGCCUCGACCGCGGGAGCAUUUAUGCGCAAAUUGGUUCCCCUGAAAAUCUCGUAAACCGAGCACAGGCCUUGGUCGCGUCUGGCGCAGCAGCCACACUGGAAGGGGCGAAGGUGAUUCUGAACACCACCAUCGACUUGAUCGUGAAUAGUGACUUCCCUGUAGCCGAAUUUGUUGGCGAGAGCUACCCUACCGUUCUCUCCGCAAUAUUCUGGCCCCUGAUGCCCCUGUCGCGCGGACACAUCCACAUCAACUCAUCCGACCCGUUUGACGACCCGAUAAUUACACCGAGGUUCCUCACUGACACCUUCGAUCAAGCCGUGGCAGUUGCAAUCUCUCGCCGCUCCCGGGCUCUGUUCGCCAGCGCGCCAUUCAGCGACGUUGUGGCCGACCCAUACUAUGAUCCUCAGAUCGCUCCUAAUGGGACCGAUGAUGAGUGGCUAGCUUGGUACAAGAGCACCGGGAUCGGAGCGAGCCAUUGGGUCGGGAGCACAGCGAUGCUGCCGAGGGACCUCGGGGGAGUGGUGGAUCCUCGACUGCGGGUACAUGGAACCAAGAGUCUGCGGGUAGUCGAUGCUGGUAUCCUGCCUUUUGAGAUCACGUCUCACCCGAUGCCACUUUUGUACGCCAUGGCGCAGAAAGCGGCUGCGUCAAUCUUGGAAGAUUAAUUGUGGCCGUAGGUAUGGCAAAGGAACCAUGCGCGGAACAUAC